AUGAAGGGACUACUGCUUGUGCUGGCCUUGCUGGUCACCAGAGAGCUGACCUUUGAGAUGUGUGAGGUGGAAGCCUGCCCUGUGUUUUAUGGAGUGGUUAGUACGGUGUUUCUUGGAAGCAAAACAUUGUUGAACUCAACGUUUGAUUUGGCUGAUGCUACGGAUGAGGAAAAGGAAGCUAUGGGAAAACUCCUGGAUUGCUUCAAUGAGGAGGGAUUUUGUGCCAGGCUUUUCAUUAUAGAACUUGUGAGUUCCAUCAUUUUCAAUGAGGAUUGCUCUGGCUAUAGAGUGUCCACAGUGGUGAGCACUGUUUCAGGAUUACUUCUCAGUGUGACGUCUUUGGUGAGAUGA